CGCCCCAUGAGGCACCCGAAUAAGGGUUUGCGGCCGGAUCCGCCCAUGAAGACGGUCGACGGCUCGGGGUCGGCGCGGGGCGACACCGCCGACGCGGCCGUCGCCCCAUCAUCCAAGAGGCGCAGGCCGACGUUCGGACCGUGCGAGCACGGCGUGAAGCCACGGUCCAGGUGCGUCAAGUGCGUCGGGUGCGAGCACGGGCGGUGGCGCAAGUUCUGCAAAGCGUGCGGCGGCGGCGCGUUCUGCGAGCACGCGGUGAUAAAGUACAGCUGCGUGAAGUGCGCGGGCGGGUCCGUCUGCCCGCACGGAAGGCGUCGCACGAGAUGCGGGGAAUGCGGAGGGGGCUCAAUGUGCGAGCACGGGCGGCAGCGGCACACGUGCAAGGAGUGCGGCGGGACGUCCGUGUGCGGACACGGCAAGCUGCGGCACAGGUGUAAGGAGUGCGGGGGUGCGUCGGUCUGCGCGCACGGCAGGUUGAGGUACCGAUGCAAGGAGUGCAUGGGCGAAGCUGCGGCGAAGUGGUGAGCCAUCGACGAUGAGAAAAAAAGAUGAGAUGCAGCGGCGACUGAUGGAACGACGACGACUGACGGAGGAACGACGGAGGAACGCGAACGAAUCGUGAUAGCUAGGACCUAGGUAGAGACCGCCGGGAAUCGAACCCACGAGCGCGCGCU